AACUUGAAAUAUACUCUACAAAACUUUAAUUGUAAGUCAUUAAAAAGAGACAUUAAAUAGUUAGAUUGUUGUAGUGUGAAAUUAGAGAAUUAUGGAUUUAAACCCUUACGUACGUUUGUUCAGUGUAAGGUGUGAAUGAUCUUUCCCAUGCUACAUUAAAUUCGUGUACAAUGUUUUUAUAUCCUCAAGUAGUGUGUUACACUCUGCCAGUCUUCUCAUACUCUCCUCUGUGUCGAAUUCAAUCACGGAGAGGAAAAGACAAAAGAUAUCUGUUGUCCAGCUAAUACCUACCGGAGAUAAUUAAUUUGUCAUUACUUUUUUAAAAUAAUAAACUUCGGGAGUAAUUAAGGUGGCGUGUCCCAUAAAAUACGUGGAUCUUAUUGUCAUCUAGCUCGCUCCUGAACUGCCACGUAUUUUAAAAGAAGUUUUAGGCAAAAUUAGUAAUAAUUGAUUUGAUAAUCACUAUAUAUAGAGAUAAACUAUUAAAAACUUACAGAUCUAAUCUUUUUUCAGAAAUAUUUAUUUAUGGACGUCCUAAAAAUAUAUGCAUCCCACAUACUCUCUAACAAACUCAUCAAAUUUAAUAUUUAUUUCUAAAUUAAAUUUUCUAUAAAUAUCAUCAUAAUUACAAAAUAAUUAAAACAUUCAUAGUUGUCAUGUGUGGUCAAAAUAUUUACCAAAAAUUAAGCAUCAUCACAACCUGCACAUAAAAAUUAUGAACAAAUUCAUUCACAAACACUAUAUAUAUAACAAAUUGUAGGCCUAUAAUUUUCAUCCAAAAAAAAAAAAUAAAAAUAAGAACAAUGGCAUUGAAGGUGAUGCUUUUUGUUGCAGGAGUAGUUUUGGCUUUACAGGUGAUUACAAGCUCUGCUGCACCGAGCAUCAUUCCAGCAGAUGGCUCAAAGUUGGAUAGUUGGAUUGAGCACAACAUACAAGCCCAUGAGAAGGAAAAGGACGAUAAAGCCCUUGACAAGGUUCUAGCGACAGCACAAGCCUCCUCUAAGGUGAUCAAGGUCAGCCUAGAUGGAAAGGGAGAUUUCAAGUCGAUCACAGAUGCUGUUAAAAGUAUUCCUGCGGGGAACACUGCUAGGGUCAUAAUCUCGAUUGCUGGUGGGGUUUACAAUGAGCAUAUAUUGGUGGAAAGGACCAAACCCUUUGUCACAUUUUUGGGGGAUAAAGGCAAUAUGCCUGUAAUCACUUUUGAUGGCACAGCGGCAAAAUUUGGGACUUGGAAUAGUGCCACUGUUUCCGUUGAAUCAGAUUACUUUAUGGCAGCUAAUAUUCAAUUUGUGAAUUCGUCUCCAAGGCCGAAAGGAACUGGGAGUGGGGAACAAGCAGUGGCAUUGAGGAUAUCAGGAGACAAGGGAGCUUUCCACAACUGCAAAUUCAUAAGUUUCCAAGAUACCUUGUGCGAUGAUAAAGGUAGACAUAUAUUCAAGGAUUGUUACAUUGAAGGUUCUGUAGAUUUCAUCUUUGGCGAUGGACAAUCACUUUACUUGAAUACAACCAUCAGAUCGGUUGCGAAAGAGUCAGGGGUCAUCACAGCCCAUGGAAGGGAUAAUGCAGCUGAAGACAGUGGGUUCACCUUUGUUCAUUGCAAAAUCAUAGCCGAUGGUGACACUUACUUGGGUCGAGCUUGGAGGGAGAUGCCCAGAGUGAUAUUUGCUUACACCGAAAUGGGUAACAAUAUCAACACUAGUGGUUGGUCCGACGGCAUGGGCUCACCUGAAAAAAAUGCAGGAAAUUCCAGCAAUAAUGAUGUGUUUUAUGGAGAGUACAAGUGUACCGGACCUGGAUCAAGCACAUCAGGACGUGCUAAGUAUUCAAAGAUUUUGACUGAUGAGGAGAUCAAGCCAUUCAUGAGCUUUACUUUCAUCCAAGGCAACAAGUGGGUUAUCGAGCCUCCAAGGGUUUAAACCUUGAAUGAUGUAAUCGUGAUGGAUUAUAAAAUCAUUUUGAGAAGAAUAAAAAAAGUUUAUAUUUGGACAUAUUCAUGUCCAAUUAAAUCCAAAUAAAGACAUUCUAUGUAGAUUAAAUAUUUAUUUUUUUAUUCAUAUCUAUUGAUAUGAAACAUUUAAUUUUGUAAUCAUUUGUAACUUAUAUGAAUCAUUGAUAUUAAUGAAUACAAAAAAAUUUGGACUACGGUACA